CUGUUGUUGUCAUUGUCAGAUGUUGUCUCUCUGUCUGUCUGUCUGAGUCAAAACCAAAAGUGUUAAUAAGGAUGCCAAUAAUUGCUAAUACCGUACUCAACUAUUAUUUUACUCUUUUAGAUGUAAUUGAAUGAACAUAUUCAUAAGUUUUCCCUUAUGGAAAUACCUAAAUAUAGCUUCUAACAUGCAUUUUCAUUCGUAAAAGUGGAAUAAUGUUUUUUAUAUCAAUGAAAAUCCUUUUUGGAAUCUUUGGUGGAUAUGUCGUAACAUCAUUGAUUUUAUUUAGGAGACCUACACUGCUUUAUAAGAAAAAGAGACAAUAUUUCGUUUGUAGACACAUUAGCCACAGAGGAGGUGCAGGGGAGGCUUAUGAAAAUACGGUAGCUGCUUUUCGUCGAGCAGUCGCCCUGGGCACUGACAUGCUGGAGCUGGAUUGUCACCUAACCAAGGACAACCAGGUGGUUGUGUCUCACGACCACAGCCUUCUCCGCAGCACCGGACUUGACAAGAUGAUUGGAGAUGUUGACUACAAUGACUUGCCACCACUUUUACCUACUAUUCCCAUCGACUUCGAUCCAGGCAGGCCGUACACAGGAUCAGGCAGCGAGGAAGAUCGGAGAAUUCCACUGCUCAGUGAUGUUUUCCAAGAGUUCCCCAAGAUCCCAAUAAACAUUGAUAUCAAGAUGAACAAUGAUAAACUUAUAAACGAGGUGGAUGUAUUAAUAAGAAAAUACAACCGAGAACAGUUAACUGUUUGGGGAAAUUUCAGCAAUAAAAUCACCACCAAAUGUUAUUUCCAGAACCCCAACAUAGGACUAUUAUUUUCUAUGAGAAGAGUCAUCCAUCUCAUCUUGCUGUAUUACUCAGGUCUUCUGCCAUUUGUGCCAAUCAAGGAGUCUUUCCUCGAGAUAUUCCUGCCUUCAAUUUUUCUUCGGCUGGACAAGGAACCAGAUUCUGAUGGGUUGUUGCCAUUCCCGUCAUUGCUUCUCCGUCUCACUGACUUUCUUCUCAUCAGACGAUCCUUGUUCAAACAUCUUCAGGAUCGAGGAAUACAGGUUUAUAUCUGGGUGCUAAAUGAUGAAGAUGAGUAUGAGAGAGCAUUUCAACUCGGUGUCACUGGGGUUAUGACAGACUACCCCUCAAAACUGCGGGAAUACUUAGAGAAAAACCCUGAGUACUCUAUCAAAGGGCCACACAUCCUUCUAAGAUUUUGGAUUUCAAUGAAAAAAUUGAAAAAAAGGGUCGCAAACGAAAAAAUGACUGUACUGAUAUUACCGAGCCUGUGCUAAAAUCAUUCUAGUAUUUAAUUAAAACACAAUUAGUAACCAAAGAUGUGUCAUUAUUUCAUUACAUAUUAAAUCCUUUAAAACAACUGUCCUGUCCAACAAACAGCUAUCUUCUACGAAUGUCGAAAACUAACUUUAUUUUCUAUCAGUUAGUUUUUCAACUAACUAAUAACUUCUAUCAGUUACUUUUUAAACCAACUAACUAGUAACUUCUAUCAGUUACUUUUCAUGGGACUAACUUCUAACUUCUAACUAGUUAGAAAUUUUGACUAACUUUCCCAACUAUGAACGUAGCUGUGUUUUUUUUGCA